UUUGCCAGCCUUCGUCCUUCCUCUGAAGCACUGACCUUUACUUCAACGGUGUGCCUGCUCAUUCUUUUUCUGUCCUCAAUAAAAACAAAAAUGUUGCACUCACCCAUUAAAACUUGGAACACCUGAAAUCUUAGCUAACCUUGAAACUUUGACCAUCCGUUACAAAGAGCAGCCAGGUGCAGCCACUGCUGGUUAACUGGAUUAGAUUGUGUCUACUCCAAAAUAACCGUCGCACACUACAACUUCAUCUUUUUAAUUUUCUCCUCUGUUGCAUUGUAACCCUCAACGCUGUGCCACGCCACCGCCGCUUAUUACCGUAACCGUGCUUAUAACGCUGAGAAUUUCAUUAUGCCUGUCUGUUGAAGUUAUGUUGGGUUUUAUGUGGUUUUAUUAUCGGUGUGUGGUUGACCGUAGGCCGUUGUUAAUAAUGGGCGAAGCAGCAGUUUAACAAUGACACUCCAUUAACGGGUGCAUGCGCCACAGAGCACAGCCAGGAUAAUGUUAUUAAACUGAUUAUUCAAGCCCCCUGUGCAGCCCGGCUCUGCCGCAGCCAUUCUUUGUUGAACACUUUACAGACUGCUUAUAUUUCUUUUCCGGCUAUGCAAGUUUCAUCUUACUUUAUGCAUCGGGUCAAGCUCAGGGAUGUAGAAACAACGGAGCGGGAGACCCUUUUCAGAACACAAAGACUUCUUUAAAAAAAUGUCACGCUCCACGGGCAAAGGAACAGAAAGCAAAAAACAAAAACACUGUUGUAAAUUUGAAGUGCCCCCCUGCAUGUUGAAUGCCACUGAGCACCAUUUUGUUUUGGCCUUUGAGUCAGUCAUGAGUGAAAAGCUGUGUGCUCCCUCGUGAGCUUUGGUCCUGGGGUUUGGAGGCUCUUGGCCAGAAAGGACAAGAUUAUGUAUCAGGAGUUUCACACAGCGGAGCUGUCCCUGAGGUACAAGGUGCUGGCUGGGAGGGAGAGAAGUGUAGUUAACGGUAACAUUUUGACCUUGAUAUCGCCUCAUGGAUAAACCACCGGACAACGGCUUAAGGUGAUGUGGAGGCUGUGCAGUGCAUGCAGAAUAGCCAGAGCAUUUUUGUGCGGCAGAGGCUAAACAGGGUAAGUAUGCAGAUUGGUGGCAUUAAAGUCAGCCAGCUCUUGGCCUGGUGCACAAACUUCCAGGUAGCCCUCAGCACACAGCUCUACAUGUAAAGGUGAGUUAUACCAGACAUGACAGCCCACUGAUUCAUUGCAGUCCCCUGCAUUUGUAACUGUAUGUCAUUGCCUACUGCUGUUCUCGUCACAGUCACUUGGUUUUGUAUACGCACCCUGCAUAUGUUCUGUCGAAUGGCUGAAAAUGAAGGAGUGGAGUUCGCUGGAGAAGCAGGUGUUUUCCCCUCAUUACUUCCUGACAAUGCCCCAUCUGGCACGGGGGAGCUUCUGCCACCGACUCCCUGCCAACCCGGGAACAAACACUCGCAGCAGGGCUGACAGGGAAAAAUGGCACGGGAUGGGAAUUGGGGAACGAGCGGGGCAGAUUUUAUCAACGCCAAAACAACAAGGUUAAGACUUGCGUCGAGAAAUGGAAUCGCUGAGCGGAAGGGAGCCUGAAGCGGAGACUUAAAGAUCUCACACAGACUCAUCAGUCGGUCAGAUGCGAGAUGAGAGUUCAAAGCAACUUUAAGGAAGUCACGGGUGGAAAUAUUAAUAUUAAUAUUAUUAGACAGCUUUGAUGCUUUACUGCCUGUUUGAACUUCUCUAAGUAUUCCAACUCGUCCAACAUGUCUGGAGGAUUUAUGACUGAUGAGAGAGAGGCCUAAACAUAUUUGAGACCCAUGACAUGCCAUUCCAAAUGUUACCUGAGAGAGGAGCCAAAGACACAGUUUCAAAAAGAUGCCUUGGAGGCUACAAGUCCAUCAUGGUAUAACACCAGAUUAUGAGCAAAAAAAAAAGAAAAAAGAAAGAAAGAAAAAGGAGAGAGAUGUAGAAAGAGAAACAAUUUUCAUAAUGGAGCAGCGCUCUCUGACUGGAAAACAUAAUUAUGGGCAAACUGUGGCCACAGCGUGAGGGUAAACUUAAAGAGCCCCUUUAGCAGGACCUAAUAGGCCCUGACUACAGAUGAGCAGAAACAGUGGCUUGUCCUUAGCACACGUUUUUGUUCCGGGCCAUUACCAUCAUUGUGAACGGUGAUUUACCCGUAUACACUCAGGUCUGUUCCCUGCUCUCCUUGAUGAGUCCUAUGCACAUUUGGAGACAAAGCAGCUCCUGCAACUGAAUUUAAUCUCAAAACGCCCAGAGGCUGCUGCAUGGAUGGAUUUGGCAGCGAGGUUACUCUAGGUUUAAUCACCAAAUAGGAAAACAGUAGUUUUUUUUUCUUCUUCUUCUUUGUUUUCAUAAGAAAGGACAAUUUCCAGAAAACAGUGUUCGCCACCAUGCCUCAGAAUUGGGGGAGGGCGAGUUCACCUGACAUCGGCUACGACGAAUGUUCUUCCGAAAUUGCAUAUUCGUUUUCCAAGUGAUUUCGAAUAUACAAUUACUGAACACACCACUCUUGUCGUCGCCUCUCAAUUAAAGCAAUAAAAGUACGUUUCAAUUAGAUCACCUUGAUCAUUGUGGUCCGCAUUCUUUUCAGCCCACGGGGCGGAAUUCGAAAACGCUUGAAUUUGUUAUUUACGUCGGGAAAUGAAUGCCGGUUAUCAAUCACAUUUAAAGCGAAUUGAUUUCAAUUAACUCGGAGAUGCAGCCCCUCUUCCCUCCCUCCAGUUCUCCUAGCCCAUUUCUUUCUAAAGCCCAACCCCUCCGUCUCAUCCGCACAGCCCUCCACCUGCUCCCGCUCCCUGCAAUUGGCCAGAAUGACGCACGGGCCCGCCCUGCUCCCAGUCUUUUAAAUAUAUUUACAAUGUAAAGUAAGAAAAACCGGCUAAGCCGUCACGUUCAAGCAUUCACGGGGACCCAAAGUAGGUGUGUGUGAGAGGGAACAUUACUAUGUGAAAACCUGCUGUCAACGCUCAGAGCGCUCGGCAGGACACACACUCGUUCACGCGUAGCCACACGCGCGCGCUCGCACACACAACACAGUCGCUGAAGGAGCUGUCGGAGAGUGAACCUGCGGGUUCAUGCUACUCUGAUUUCUCCGUGGAAGAGGAAUAUUCAGCAAGAGAUUAAACGGGAAUACCAGCGAUGGCUCUCGAGACCGUGUGGAACUACUGCGCCUCCCUCACCAUCAUCACAGUCGCGUGCUUGGUGAACACUGCUCGCUGUCAGGCCGUGCAGGCGGAAAACGUGACAGUCUUAGAGGGAGGUACGGCCGAGAUCUCCUGCCGCCUGCAGAACUACGAUGGAUCAAUUGUGGUCAUCCAGAAUCCCCGUCGGCAGACUCUCUUCUUCAAUGGCACGCGAGCCCUGAAGGACGACCGCUACCAGAUGGUCCUCUUCACGCCACACCUGGUGCGCAUCUCGCUGUCCAACGUGAGCGUGUCGGACGAGGGCGGCUACUUCUGCCAACUCUAUACGGACUCCACUCACCACCAGGUGGCAACGCUCUCCGUUUUGGUGCCCCCCGAGACGCCCACGGUGGAGGUGAAGCAAGAGGCCGUGGAGGGCGGCGAGGUGGAACUCAGCUGCGUGUCGCCGCGCAGCAAGCCACCUGCCACCCUCCGUUGGAUACGCAAUGGCCGCGAGAUACCAGGUGUGGUGUCCCAGCAGGACAACGCAAAGACGUUCAGUGUGUCCAACACCAUCCGCCUCCCCGUGGAGAGGAAAGACAAUGGGGCGGCAUUGAGCUGCGAGGCUCUCCACCCGGCGCUGAGUGAGCAGAAGAGGGUUCGACAUUAUCGCCUGGAUGUUUAUUUUGCCCCUACAGUGCGAAUUGUUCCUCCCACAGGCAUCUUGCGAGAAGGCGACUCUCUCAGCCUCACCUGCUCCGUCACUGGGAACCCUCUGCCCAGAAACAUUCAGUGGUCCAAGAUUAAUGAGUCCUUACCAGAGAGGGCGGAGAUUUCUGGCCCCACUUUUCAGAUUUCCCGCCUCAGCCAAUCACACAAUGGGACUUACCUGUGCCAGGCUCAGAACAACUAUGGACGUGCUGCUGAUCAUUACACCCUGCUGGUGUAUGAUAAUGUGUCAGUCACUACCACGGCCCCUCCCACUCCUCCUCCUUCUACUACUACUACUGAUACCACCCAAUCCAUCAUCUCCCAUCCUGCCACCCCAACCCUCCUAUCACCCAGACUCGGCCCGGACCCGAAAGAUCCCAGUGCAGUGGUUGAGACUCACAGUGCAGUCCCAUACGCAGUGAUAGGUGGUGUUCUGGCACUGCUGGUUUUCACCGUCAUCUGUGUCCUCAUUGUCACCAUCUGGUGUUCUGUCCGACAGAAAGGUUCCUAUCUUACUCAUGAGGCCAGUGGGUUGGAUGAACAUGGCGAGGUGCAAGAGGCCUUCCUCAAUGGGAACGACGCCAGCCAGGGCAAGAAGGAGUACCUACUGUAGCCCUUCCCUAUUCCCUUCUCUUCUGACCUCAUGCCCCCACCCCCUUCCUCCCCCGUCUCCCACCUUAUAUACAACACACACACAUGCACACACACACACACACACAAACACACACGUCUAUACAAUGCGCCAUAACCGGCGGCCUUCUGCAAACGACUGUAUACAGAUACUGCACACAGCCAAUCUGCACACAGCCAAUCCAUCCACUCCAUAACGUCCACACACACACACACACAUACACACAUGCACACACACGUCCAAGAAACCAAGAAAGAGACUGAGAAAAAGAGAGCCUCUAAACCCACCAGCCAUUAACGACUGUGCCAUAUACUGUAAGUCGGAGAAACUGGGAGGGGGGGGGGGGUCGCAGAGAGUGAAAGAGGGAGUCUGAGGGAGGUGAAUGUAGACAAAAACAAAAUGAUGCCAUAAUUAUUUUGAUCAAGAGGGAAAGCAGGGAGCACAAAGAACACCGGCACUCUGCCUGUGCAGUCGCCAAAGUGGAAUAGGAAUUAGAGGCAGAUGACUGCUAUAAUUCCCUGCCUGGAGAAUAGAAGAAUCCAUUUCACAAAGCUCAAUCUUUAACUUAAGGAGACAGUGGGAGCAGGGUGUGAGGAGACAAUGGGGGAGGCGUUGAGCUGACCAGGAGCUACUGAGUGCUUGAUGCUAGCAAUAUUCUGCUUUUCAAAUUGCCAAAGCAUCUUGCCUAAAGAGUACAGCUCAUACACAAUUCCAGUAACACCGGAGAGUGUAAGGCCAAAGUCACAAGGGUGGAUCCACACUUCACGAGCGCGCUAACUGUCUUAUUGUUGCUAUACCUUUUGGGUGGCCUGCCAAUUUGCGAAAAAAUGGAAUUAAAAAAUAAAAUUGUGAUUUUUUUUAAAAUUCCUCCCGCUGCAGCAAAGAGGGAAAGGUGGUUCUCUUUCCUUUAAAUUUAUUCCUCACAUCCUCCUUCCACUCUCUUCACCUGUUACCAUCUUCUCCCCUUUUUCUCUCUGUCUGCCCCCCUCUAUCGCUCCUCCUUUGUUGGCUGGUAAUAAUGAAAGGAUUAGUGUUGGGCUGCGCUCCCGAGAAAGAAGAAAGGAAUAUGACUUGCUAAGGCAUUAAAGAAAAGCGUAAUUAUUUUAGAAUGUCAUUAAGAGGAUGAAAAGGUUUAAAAGUCUUAAUAAGAAGGUUCAGGGGGAGCGAUAGCGGAAGGAACGAAUGAGAGAGAGGAACGGACGGGUGUCUUUCUGAAUGCUACCACACAUAUGCAGAUACAUGCACACAUCCAUACGUACAGUAAACACGUUGACAGAACAAAUAUACAUAUCUCUGAAUUCAUUGUUUGUAUAAAAAAAAGAAGAGCAACAUAAAUUAAAUUAAACUUUUAAGAAAACUGUUUACUAUUGAAGCGCAUUAUGAAGCAACUAUACUAACACAGAAUAUUAGCCUAUAGAGGUGCAAAGCCGAACAAACUACUGUCCAGUGAUCUUUAAAGAAAAUAAAGAAAAGAACAAAAAAAUAUAUAUAUCAUUUGUCUUUAUGAUAAACAGAGGUCUUAUUGAUUUUUUUAUUAAUUAUAAUUAUUAUUUGAAAAGUUUUGAUUGUUGUUACUGUUAUUAUUAUUGCCGUUGUUAUUAUUAUAAUUGUAAAUGUUAAAGAAAUGUGCACUUCUCAUGGUUUUGUUUUUGGUUCUACUGUAGAGAAAUUGCUGUCAUUUUUCACUCUUUUCCUCUUACCUUUCCUCUCUUUCCCGGCCUUUCUCUCUCUUUGUCUCCUGUGCCUAGUUGUCUCUUCUCCUGUCUUUCACUCUUGUUUACUUUAGAGUCCAUGUGCCAUGGUUGAUAUAUAGCUAACUAUUUCUUUAUAGGGGAAAGAUACAAAGCACGACAAAAUAAAAAAGAAUCUGAAAAUAA